GUAAUGUUUCUUAAUUGGCGUUUAUCAUAAAAUAGCUUUUUUGGUUCCUUGAAAAGCAUUAACCAUAAUACAAUUAUAGUUGCUACGGACAGAGGGCAAGGCUGAGGGCUGGGGACCGAUUCUUCCUGACCAAUAUACGUUUUGCGUUAAGCCGUCUUUACAUAAAAGGAAGGAUCAUAUACCAAAUAAUGAACUUGUGUUUCUUUUUACAACAACAUCGUGAGUAUCCACAGUGCUAUUGUGCUUUACUUUACUCAACAAAACUGAAAUUGUGGACAGAAAUACUUCACGUAGAGCAAAGAUUGCGGAGAAUUUGUUUAUUAAAACUUGCGUUGUGAAUGCUGUGUGACUGGGCAAAUGUCUCUGCUUCAUAAAAGAAGUAAAAGAGGAAAUAAGAGGCGUUAACGGGCAAACAAGUGAAUAUGAGACGCGGGCAUGGAAGGGAAUCAGCUGCUACGGAACUUUUGUUAGAUCCAUCGCAUUCCCUGAUGCAGAACUCAAUGAAGUUCGGCAGUGAGCGAAACUUGAGUGAGAGUGCCUUUUCAGAGCUGGUUUUCGAAACUGUUGGCAAAAAAAGCAAAAAGAAAAACAGGGAUAGAUACAAAACUCUGCCGGGGAUAUAUGUUACGCCGGAACAUAGCACAUCAAAUGGCACCAGCAAUAACUCGGAUCAUAAGAAAAUCGAUUCCACAGAAAAGAAGCAAGUACCAUCGAUAAGUGUUGAAGAAGCCCCUAGCAAAGGUUUAUUGACUGCCGACAAUGGGGGCUCCUCAAAAAUAGCGCGUUCGCCGAGUUUUCGAAGGAAAAAAGCUGCAAGUGAACAGGCUCCACCUGAAUUCAAUAUUGUUUUACUCGGCUCAUUGGGUGUCGGCAAAACAGCUUUGGCAGUCCGUUUUGUCACGAGAAGAUACCUUCACGAAUACGACCCAAAACUCGAAAGGAGUUAUGAGAAAAUAAUUGACGUCGAUGGCGAAAACGUACAAAUAAAGUUAUGGGACACUGUUAAUAAGGAGUGGGAUAAUUUUGCAGAUACGGCAGAUGCAUUCGCCAUCGUGUACUCAAUAACCUCGAUUGAAAGCUUCAAAUAUGCCACGCGAAUCGUGAAGUCGAUCAAGGAUGCAAUCGCAUUCACAUCAAAGCAUUACCCCAUGAUACUCAUCGCCAACAAGAUGGAGAUGGAGCAGGGAAGAAAGGUCAAAAGUGAAACAGCAGAUCAAUUUGCUGGACAAAAUGCCUGCUCUUUUGCGGAGAUAUCGGUCGCCACAAAUAAUGUUGACACUAUUUUUAAUGGAGUUGUAAAACAAAUCAGGACAGAUCGAAAUACUGCCGUAGAAACUCGGAAGCAGGGUACUGGAAAAUAUUCCUUUAAAAGUUUUUUAUCGAAAAAUAUGUCGAAGAUAAAAUAAGUAAAGCGAAACUUUAUUUAGAAGCCAUCUUGCGAGCUAGUAGCAGGCAGACAGGGGCAGACAAUUGCAAACUUUGCCAUCUAGGGACAGUGUAAUUGUGCCAUAGUCACAUUAGGCCCCUUGUUUUAGUUUGUUAAAUGCUCUUUAAGUUACGGAAACUAACAUAUUGAAUGAUUUAUAGAUUUUUGCAUUCACAAAGAAUAAGACACUAAUUUUCAAACCGUUUCCCCACCUGUAUGCUGCAACCAAAAGCUUGGAGCGGUUGGGGAAGGGGGCAACGACCGAGGUAGCAAGCUUAGCCGGAAGAGGUCUUGGGGCUACGGAAAGUUUAGUAAACAAUGUUGAAUCAUUCAUUGUAGCUCGACCCAGUCAGUGCCCUUAACUCAAAGAUGAUGCACCUGUGCAUCGCUAGGCUACAAGAUGACCCUGAUUUUUAUAAUUGUUCAUUAAAUAUUCAACAAACUUGACUUUGAUGUUACCCUCACCUAAAUUCCCCCCUUAGGACUUUUAAGGUACAAAUACACCAUUUAGCAAUACGAAACAAAGCUAGCUAAUUAAUUAACAUAUAACAAAAAAUAUUAAAUAUUUCCAUACUGACACCUGACAUACAACAUGUAUAGAACAAAUAUUGAUUACAACUUGAAACUCCUGCAGAUUUAACCACAGAAUUACUUUGUUCUAACAAAUAGAUAAAAAAACAGUAAAAUACAUUUCUAAAGAAAUACAAAUCAAAGUAUUAGAAACAGAAUAAGAAAGAAAAGGUUUCAAUGUGUGCUGAUAAAAUUUGCUGAUAUGCCCAGUGGAUAAAUCACGUCGAGAAACUGCCCUGUAAAUAAACACACACGUCAUACUAAUCGUUUGAAAAAUCCAAACGAAUUUCGAAUUUUACGACAUUAAAUUUGUAUUCAAUUAAUUCGACAGGCCUCUUCUGUACAUAAUUUGUAAAGUAGCGAGAAUAUGUAAUUUAUAAACAUCCACGGACAUCGAUUGUAUCGUUCAGACUUACUGAGUAUAUUUUGUCCUUGUUUUUUGUUAGUUAUCUCUUCCACUUUUCUUAUUGCAAGGACUUCUUUAGUUCGUGUUGAAGUGGCAUUGCUUGCAGAAAGAAGACUCGGGGACUUUUCAAAGGAUUUUCAAAAGAAAUCCAGAUUAUUCUUAAAACGCAAAAUCACUCUAUUGUUUGCACAGCAUCAGCUGCAAUUUAUGAGCGUUUGUGUCACCUGAGGUUGAUUCCUGCCUAUUUCAUCAACAAAAUAAAGAUGUACAGAAGCAAAGUUAUAUGGAAGGAAGUAAUACAAAUAUAUUU